GGCGUGGGCCCUUUAAGCAGAACGAUGUGACGUCAUCAGGUCAAAGUUUACAGCAUGGCGUCGGGAAAUGGACUUGCUUCUCUGGGCGUGGAGGGAGCUACAGCAGCCGCACAGGCUCUGUCUCUACCAGCUGAGGCUUAUGGGAAUGAUCCUCAACUGGAAGUGAUGUGGGCAAUGAAAGCUUACAAUCACGCAGAGAUCUACUUCAAUCUGAUCUCAUCAGUAGACCCCAGUAAUCUGAAGCUGACCAAGGUGGAUGACCAGAUCUAUACAUCCUUCAGAGAAUCCUUCUCAGACCUCAACAUCAAGAACUUGGACCCAGACAUGCUCAAAACGGCUGAGGCCAAAGAGAAGUGGCGUCCAUUCUGUAACCAGUUUGACGGAGUGGUGGAGGACUUUAACUACGGGACUCUGCUACGACUCGACUGUGUGAAGGACUACACAGAAGAAAACACCAUAUUUGCCACCAGGAUCCAGUUCUUUGCCAUCGAGAUCGCUAGGAACAGAGAAGGAUUCAACACCCCUGUUUUCCAGGCUAAAAAGCAGCCUUCGUAACCCAUACCCUAUAACCCAACCUGCUAUAACCUGUAACCCAGUAAGAUAAAGUUUAAAUCAGUCCUAUGUACCAGGCUAAACACCCUUUGUUACACCCUUUAUAAAUCCUAUUUCUGACCUAGGUAUGGGAUACCCUGAACCCCCCCCCCAUAACCUCUAACCCAGAAACAGAACGUUUCAACAGCCCUGGUUACCAGGCUAAACAUUCCCAAUGCUUGUCACCCACCAUCUCCUUACACACUUUUCCUGUGGUUGCCCACCUUGUUGACAACAUAGGUAUACUGGAAACUAGACCAGGGGCACGUUCAGCAGGGGUAUAUUCUUUACGUCUUGCAACUGAAAACGUUUAAGAACCAAACAAGUGAGCGAAACGGGGAGGGACCUACCUGAAUUUGUACAAUAGAAACUUGUUUUCCGUUUGGAGUAAAUGGUUUGUGUAAUGAAUACACCCCAGGUCACGUUCAGAUAAAUAUGUACAACAAACAAUUCACAACAUUUCUAUCUGCAACAUUUGCUUACUGAACAUGGCCCAGAAGUCUCCCCCCUCCACACACACCAGCCUGCAUCCCACAAGUGUGUGUGUACUGAUGUCUAAACUGAGUAUCGUAGCUAUAUGUAAUUAGGUUUCCUCUUUUAUUUGUGCCAAGCAUUUCUGGGAUUGCGUAUGUCCUUGUUUUUGUACAAAGUUGUAAACGUCUUUCAAAUGGCACCAUAUUCUCUAUAGUGAACCACUUAUGACCACAGCUCUGGCAAGCAGUUGUGCACUAUAUAAGAAAUAGGGUGUCCUUUCAGAUUUGAACAGAGUGUAUCCGACUGCAUUUGGUUUCUACCGUCGGACUGGUCUCGUCAUGUGAUAUUUUAUUUAUACCUGAAUCUGAAUAAAUGGACGUCUGGAAUCAA